AUGAUUGGUGCUCCUGAUAUGGCAUUUCCUCGUAUGAAUAAUAUAAGUUUUUGGUUAUUACCUCCAGCAUUAUUAUUAUUAGUUUCAUCGGCAAUUGUUGAAUCAGGUGCUGGAACCGGUUGGACAGUUUACCCCCCAUUAUCAAGUGUAUUUCAUCUUUAUUAG